AUGGACCUUCCAGCGGAAAUCCUUACGCAAAUCUUCGAUCUCGCAGCGGACGAAGAUGUUAUCUUUCAGUAUGGUCUGCCUACUGUCAUGGCCGAAUCUGCGUGGUUCAAGAACAUUGCAAAAGAUUGGACCCUUCGGUCUCCUGGUGACGCGUUGAACCUCAUACAAAGACGGAGUUACGCGACCAAGAAAGCCAUCAUACUGACAUGCAAACGCUGGCGCGCUCUCGGCUCGGAGUUUCUCUUCCGCUGCCUCUUCUUCAACAACCCCUCCAAACUCCUCGCCCUCUGUGCCAUCCUCGACUCUUCCGCGUCCUCCGCCACUACGCUCACCGCAUCUUUUGGGUGGUGGACUCGCCGUAUCCAUCUCUCGCGGUACUACGCCUCCGCAGCUAGUAAGACUACCCUUCUCGACCUCGAGAACGCGUUGGCGUCCAUUAUUCGCCACUGCCCGAACCUUGAAAUCUUCAUUGUCGAUUGGCCCAUGGGGGAGUCUUUUGGAGCAAUUGCGGAUGCACUAGCAACCUACCCCUGUCGACGGUCCCUUCGCACAGCGCAUUGGGCAGUGGGAAUCGACUCCGUAGCAAAAGUUAUCUGGGCACUCGACUGUCUCCCCUACGUCGUCGCGUUACACGUCGAAUUCCAGGCGCCCCCAGGAACAGAAGACUAUGACCUCUCAACUCCCCUCCUAGGGUCCGCAUCAGGCCUCCGCCUCUCCCUCCCCCGCCUCCAACAACUCUCUCUACACGGGCACGCCCAAGAAUUCAUAGACCAAGCAACCUCAUGGUCCCUCCCCUCCUUACGCUCUUUCUCUCUAACAACUACAACAACAGGCACCCCCCUCCCCGACAUCCCUCUCUUCCUAACUUAUCAUGGUUCCAACCUGCUCUUCCUAGACCUCAACACCCUCUCCAUGCUGGACCUCCCCACCAUCCUCGACCUCUGCCCAUCCCUCGACACGUUGACUUUCAACCCAGACUGGCGUCUCCGACCUCCAGCAGAACCAGACGGCUCCUCACACAUCGUUAACCGCCCUCACCCUGGUAUAACAACCAUCGGCCUACACGGGCUCUUAUAUGCAUUCGGGGUAGGCUACGCAGCGGAAUACGCUUCCGCCGAUCCCCUCCGCGCACAAAUCAUAAGACGCUCAAACGACAUGAACGUCUCCGCCCUCACUCUCCACAAUUUUCCCUCUUUGAAACGUGUCAGAGCACUGGGUAGAGGGAUGUUAUUGGACCUGAACAAAGCCGACGGGCCGAAUAGCGCAGAGGACGGCGGGGGAGGGUUCGACAGAUGGAGUAGGUGGUGGGGGAUGUGUGUUAAUGCUGGUGUUAGGCUGGAGGAUUGUACGGGGGGAUUGUUGGGCGUGUUACCGGAGGUUGAGCGGGAUGAAAGUGAUAGCGAGGGGGGCGAGGACAGCGACGAAGAGGAGGACAGUGACGAAAAGGAUGAUAGUGAUGAAGAAGAGGACGAAUGGAGUAUUGAGAUCCCACCUAUGCCUGAAGAGCCGAACGAUCGAACGGCGGAGCUUAGGCAGUUGCUGGAGGAGUGUAGAGCUAUGAGUGAGGGGAGGGAAGAGUCGAUGUUUGGGCCUAUGAUGGGCAUGGGCAUGGGUGGGAUGGGUAUGAUGGGUAUGGGUAUGGGGCCGAUGGGUAUGAUGGGUAUGGGACCAAUGGGUAUGAUGGGUAUGGGGGGAAUGGGUAUGGGUAUGAGUAAUGCAAAUGGAGGAAUCGACGUCGCGUUGGCCGCGAUGCGGGUCGCUGCUGGGCGGCAUAUCGAUACCUCGCUGCGCAGGAGCUCACGUUCACCCCACGUAAAACGCUUUCUUGCCUACGACUUCGAUUCGAACGAGGAUCGACACCACACAAAACGCAUUUCUUAUGUCCUCGAAAUCGCGCAGUCGCGUUACCUUAACGCCAUCGUUCAUCAGGCCUCAGGCCUCAGCGAGCUCCAAGAUAUCCCACAUAAAUUACAUGGAGGUUUAAACGUUCAUGACCUGGCCUCGGCUGAGUCGGCUCAAACGAGCAACUCGAACAUGAUCUUUUGA